AUGAAAUCUCCCCUUGAUAUCACGGUCGAGCGCAGGUUCUACUUGCAGGAGCAGAUGCAGGAACAUUUGCGCGACCAUCAUCUUGAAUUGACGCCGGACAGGAAGUUUGUUCGGUGGCUGCGCGACAACCCCAAGCACCCGAGAAAUUGGCCUACGAAUCGAAAGAUAUAUGAUACGACACUUAUCUGCGUAUUGGAUCUUAUCCUAACGGCUAGUAGCACUGCAGGUGCGGCCGCGGCAUCGCAAGCCAGACAUGAAUAUAAUGUUGGGCAUACCUUUGCCACGUUUUGCUUUGUGACACUAUUUCUUCUAGGGCAAUGUCUGGGCACUAUUGUGUUCCCCCCAUGGACCGAGUCUUUUGGCCGCAAGAAGUUAUAUAUAAUCAGCAGUGCUCUGAGUUGUGGCUGCUGUAUUGUCAUCGGUACCGUGAAUUCACUCCCUGCUGCGAUUGUUAUGCGAGUAAUUGCAGGACUUGUUUCCGCGGUACCGGGUAAUAUUGUGGGCGGAAGUAUCGAGGACCUGUUCAACUCCCGGGCGCGAGUAUGGGCAAUCUACUGCUGGACUGUGGCAUCGAAUAUCGGGUUGAUUGUGGGCCCGAUCAUGAGCAGCCACAUCGUUGCAUACCUUGACUGGCGAUGGGUAUUCUACAUAUAUGCGAUUGUUAUGGGAAUUAUUACCGGGAUGCUUUUUUUCAUCCGCGAAUCUCGAUCGUCCCUGCUAUUGACUGCCGAGGUCGAAGUGCUACGGCUUCAGAUCGAGGGCAUUCCUCCUGCGCUUAACCACGACCAUAUACCGACCAUGCGUGCUUUCAUGAAGGAACACUUGUUCCGUCCUGCGCAGCUCUUUUGUGGCGAGCCUAUCGUAUUCACCAUUUCGAUGAUCAUUUCUGUCGUCAUGUCUCUCAUCUAUAUGUUCACCGAAGCCAUGCCCAUCAUUUACCAGUCGAUGGGGUUCACAUCGCCGCAGGCAUCUCUCAUGUUCCUGGCAAUUGGCCUCGGUACUUGCCUCAGUGCAUUCACUCGCAUGCUUGACUCUCAAAUCCUCAACAAGCGACGACGCAAGGGUCUUCCUAUUCGACCCGAAGACAAGCUCGUGGGUCUAGGGAUUGGCGCCCCAGUUCUAGCUAUUUCACUUUGGUGGUUUGGCUGGACGAUCCCGCCUCUGAUUCACAGCCCAAAUAUCCCAUGGAUUGUCCCAACGAUAUCACUCAUCUUCGUUGGCUUCUCGCUGACCGAAAUUGACACCGUCCUAUACGGUUACAUCUCUGAUAGCUAUCUCAGCUAUGCGGCUAGUGCAACUGCUGCGGGGGUUGCUUUCCGGAUUAUUCCCGCUCUUCACGAAACAAAUGUUCCAUGGACUGGGCUCAAACUUUGCAAUGUCAAUUCUGGCAGGCGUCGCAACUAUGUUUUGCAUCGUACCGCCCCUCGUUCUAUGCUACGGGAACGGAUCAGGCGACGCAGUCGAUUCGCAUCUUACAGUUGGGAGAUCCAAGGUGAAAUGGGAAAGGAUGACAAUGACUUGUAG